AUUGGAACCUUAUUCUACUGUUUUCAAGAUACCUCAACUCGAGACAUAUGAUGGGAUGAAAGAUCGAGAUGAUCACCUCCAUGCCUUCUACUCCUGUAUGCAAGCUCAGAAUGCUUUUGAUGCAUUGAGGUGCAAAAUCUUUCCCUCCACUCUUCGUGGUAAUGCUCGAACCUGGUAUUAUAGUUUGCCCCCGAGAUCUAUCAAUUCCUAUUCAGAAAUGGCAUCUGCUUUUGCCAUAAAGUUUUCCAAUAGAAGGUUGAUUAGGAAAACCACUUUUGAAUUGAUGCGAGUCAAACAGAGGGAAGGAGAAUCUCUGAAGAAUUACAUGAGCUCGUUCAACGAUGCAGUUCUCGAAGUCAGCUUAUUUAACCAAGCCAUGGGAAUUGCGGCUGUAAUUCAAGGUCUCCAACACGAGAGAUUCAGAGAUAGCUUAAUCAAGCAUCCUAGUGCUACUUUUAAUGAAGUUAAUGACAGAUCAUUAAAAUUCAUAACUGCUGAGGAAUAUGCUUUAUCCCAGAAACCAGUUCUUCCCAAGAAUCAAAAUCCAGAUUGGAGAGAUGAAGGUCAAAGCAGAAAGCGGAUGAAGACAAUGCAAAACCGAGGUUCAAUGUCGGCCUCUACAAUGAGAUUCGGAAAGCCAAACUCACCUCCCCUCCAGCAAAAUAUCAGUAAAGCACCAGUUACAUGGACUGCUUUCAAUCUGCCGAGGUUGCAGAUAUUCAUGUAGAUCAAGAAUAAGAUGGAUUUGAGUGAGUGAUUUUGGGGGUGUGUUGAUUCCUUCAAGAGUGAUCUAUUGAGAGGAUUUGUGGGGUUUACAUUGUAAAUGAGUGAGGUUUGAGAGAAAUACUCAUCUUGUUGUAAAAGGAUUGAGUGGCUCCUUUAAGCCAUCCUUGUCUUUCUUAGUGAAGAGUGUGGAGGAAAUCCUUGGUGAGUGAAGCCAAGGUAGAGGACUAGGUUCCAAGUGGUUGGACCAAACCUCUAUAAAUUCAUUGUGCAAGC